CUUGGUUUUCCAGCUCGGCCGUCUCUCUCUCUCCUUUGGCAAACAACGGCGCGGACAAAUCUUAAACCAAAACAGCUCUUUCUCUUUCUCUCUCUCUCGAAAAGCACGUUUCCCCCAAAGGCACAUCAGGUUUGAAAUUUCAGUACACAAAAGGAAAUAAAUAGGGGGGAGCUUGAAGAAGGUGAAAAAACCGAGAAACUUACCUAUAAAUAAUACGUAUACCAAUUUUGCACAACUUGUGUGUGUGUGUAAAGAUUCAAAGUGGUUUUCUUUAUUUACCUCAAAAGAUUGGAUCACGCACAAGUUUUUCUCGGUUGGGUGUUUUUAAAGAACUUGUGUAUUUAUGUUGCACUGAAAUUGAUUGAUGUGGAAGUGAGAGCGAUAGAUGAAGACUUCGUGUUGAAUAUAUAUAUCUUUAGGAAUUAUAACAAGUGUUCUAUUCGGGAGAUUUAUUUUGAUUUCUGUAUGUUUGUUGAUUCUCGAAAGAUCUGAUCUGAAGAAAAGAGACAUCCGGGUUUUAAUGGCGGUGUUCCUUGAUGUGUUCUUGCAAGGUAAAGGGUUCUGAUUGAUUUAAGUUUCUGCAAUCUGUUGAAUAGCAAGUUGGGAACAUGCAUGAAUGUCAUUCAAGAUUAUGUUGAUCCUAUAAACCUGUAGCUCGUGAUGUCAAAUUCGUUCAAUUAACAAACAAAAAAGAUUCAAAUUUUCAAACCCUUUUCAAUACAUGGAUUGAAGAAUCAAUUCGACGGAUGCAAUGUCGAAAACAUUAGCAUCUCUCGGGUUGAUUUCAUUGCUUGUGGUCGGCGUUCUUGCCAUCGAUGACGACGGGUCCGAAAACGGGUUCGGAGGGUGUAAUUGCGAAGUGGAAGGGUUCUUCGGGUACAGAAACAUCAUGGAAACACAAAGAGUAAGCGAUUUCUUAAUCGCAGUUGCUUAUUUUUCGAUUCCAAUCGAGCUUCUAUACUUCGUAAGCUGUUCAAACGUCCCCUUCAAAUGGGUUCUCUUUCAAUUCAUCGCCUUCAUCGUUCUCUGUGGAAUGACCCAUUUGUUAAACGGGUGGACCUACGAACCACACCCGUUUCAGCUCAUGCUUGCUCUCACCAUUUUCAAGUUCCUUACAGCUUUGGUUUCCUUUGCAACCGCCAUAACUUUAGUCACUCUCAUCCCUUUGCUUCUGAAAGUGAAAGUUCGAGAGUUUAUGUUGAGGAAAAAAACAUGGGAUCUGGGUGUAGAAAUGGGUAUGAUCAAGAAGCAAAAAGAAGCCGGGUGGCAUGUUCGUAUGCUGACACAAGAAAUCCGAAAAUCACUCGAUCGACACACGAUUCUCUACACCACUCUCGAUAAAUUAUCGGAAAUUUUGGAUUUACAGAAUUGCGCGAUUUGGAUGCCGGAUAAUACGAAAACGGUGAUGAAUCUAACCCAUCAGCUGAAAGGGGGGCAAUCGUCGACGAUUAUUCCGAUUCAAAAUCCCGACGUUCAAGAAAUUAAACAGAGCGAAGUGGUGAAGCUUUUAGACCAUGAAUCAGAGCUCGGAACCCUAAGUAGUGGAGGGUCAGAACCACCUGGAGCGGUGGCAGCAAUUCGUAUGCCGAUGCUUAGGGUUUCCGAUUUCAAAGGUGGGACCCCUGAAAUGAUUCAAGCAUGUUACGCGAUUCUCGUUUUGGUUCUUCCCGGAGGUCAAAUUCGAUCUUGGACUGGUCCGGAGCUCGAGAUAGUCAAAGUAGUGGCAGACCAGGUGGCGGUGGCUCUUUCCCAUGCGGCGGUGCUUGAAGAAUCUCAGCUCAUGAGAGACAAAUUAGCAGAACAAAAUCGAGCUUUACAACAAGCUAAACAUGACGCCAUGAGAGCUAGUCAAGCAAGGAACUUGUUCCAAACUGUAAUGAGCAAAAGUUUGAGAAAACCUAUGCAUUCAAUCGUGGGUUUGCUUUCCCUUAUUCAAGAUGAUAAUCUAAUGAACCAACAAAAGGUUCUUAUCGAUUCAAUGGUGAAAACUAGCAAUGUACUUUCGAUGUUGAUCGAUGAUGUCAUGGAUGAUUCAUCGAAAGAAAGAUUCCCAUUAGAAAUGAGGUCCUUUGGGCUUCAUUCUUUGAUAAAAGAAGUUGCACAUCUUGCAAAGUGUUUGUGUGUUUAUAAAGGGUAUGAAUUUGUAAUGGAUGUUGAUAAAUCUUUACCGGAUAAUGUCAUGGGAGAUGAGAGGCGGGUUUUUCAGGUGAUUUUGCAUAUGGUUGGGAAUCUUUUGAAUCGGGGGAAUGGUGGAGGGGGAAUGGUGUUGAGAAUUGUGAGAGAGAGUGGAAGUUAUGGGAGGAAUGAUCAACGGUGGGCGAGUUGGAGAUCGAAUUCGGGUGAUGGUUAUGUCAGUGUGAAGUUUGAAAUCGGGAUCAACGAUCAUGAUACGAAAUUGGAACGCUCGUUUGCUGAUGAGAGAAUUCGUAGUGGUGGAAUUGAGCAAAGUUUGAGCUUUGGAAUGUGCCGAAAGCUUGUCGAGAUGAUGCAAGGAAAGAUUUGGGUAGUUCCAAAUCCGGUCGGAUUCGAUCAAGCAAUGUCACUCAUUCUCCGAUUCCAACUCCGACCAUCGAUUGUAAUCGGAAUCUCCGAAACCGGGGAAUCAUCAGACCACAACCCGCUAUCCAACUCUAUAUUCCGGAACCUUCAAGUCCUGCUAGCAGACGAAGACGACAUGAACCGAGCCGUCACCCGUAAACAACUCGAAAAACUCGGCUGCAUUGUGUCAACCGUCGCCAGUGGUUCCGACUGCAUCAUGGCACUAAACCAACCCGUAUCAUCGUACCAAAUCGUACUUUUGGAUCUUCAUAUGUCCGAUGUUGAUGGAUAUGAGGUGGCAGCAAGAAUCCGGAAGUCUCGCAGCCGGAAUUGGCCAUUGAUUGUGGCUUUAACAGCCAGUGGUGAUGCAGAUGUGUGGGAAAGAUGCUUGCAGAUGGGAAUUAAUGGAGUUAUUCAAAAACCGGUGGUUUUACAGGGGAUUUCUGAUGAACUCAGGAGGGUGAUGGUCCAUACCAACAAAGUCCAUUGACUUUAGUCAAAAGUCAAACUGUUGAACUAACAAAUCUAACCAAGAAUAGCGAGGGCUUUUUUUUUUUUUUCUUCUUCUUCUUGUUUUGUAUUUGUUUAAAUUGCAGGCAUAUUUAGUAUCUAGUAUAAUAUAUAUAUUUAUAUAAUACAAUACACCAUGAAAAACGUGUGCAACUUGUUGAAGGGUCGCUGUAAAGGUUACUUAAAAUGUAGAUUGAAUCGUCGGUUUGGAAGGUGUGUUGAAUAAAAAAAGAAAGACAUGUUUGGAAAUGGUUAUA